CACAUAUCUUCAUAAUACACCAAUAAAGGAAAUGGAUAGAAUGAAGUUUCUUAUUGUCUAUUUUAUUUGAUAUGUCUGUCGUAUCAGAAAGACCUGAGAUAGUUGGACAUACUAAUCCGUUGUCGUGAUGUAGUUUAAAGUAUUAUGACAUUCAAGCGAUCGUAAGUUUUAUAAAUUCAUUUUUUCGCAAAAUUAGCAAAAUUAAUGGGUAAUGAAAAAAGUGCCCCUAGUGGGCUAAAAAUUGACGAGAAACCUAUAGAAAUAACAGAUUUUUGGGCACAUUACAUGGCCUGUGUGAAUGGCCACAAUGUACAAAGGAUUUCGGUGUUUAUCAGUGAACCAUCUUUGCAUUAUAGUGCAAAUUUUGGAAAUGCAUCGCCUUUAGAAAAAGCUGCAAAGAAUCUAAUGUUAUAUAGGCAUCCUUGUAUAUUGAAGUAUAUCUCUUCAUGGUCAAAAGGUAGUAAGUUUUUCCUUGCUACUGAACAAGUUAAACCUUUAAUUCAAUCAUUAGAAACCCAAAAUACAUUGCAAAUAUGUAUGGGUUUAUAUAGCAUCUUACGUGCAUUGGUCUUCCUACAUGAAAAAGCAUCCGUGUCUCACAAUAAUCUGUGUGAAAGUUCCAUCUAUGUUACACCAGAGGGAUGUUGGAAACUUGGUGGAUUGGAAUGUCUAUGUAAAUUUAAUGAAUUAACUUCUUCUUAUUUACAAAAAAUAAGGAACUACAGAUAUAAAAAAGCAAUAUCUUGUAAUGAAGAUACGAUUGUUACUUCAACGAGUUUUACAACAAUCGAUGUAUAUGCAUUUGGAAUUUUAGCUGAAGACAUAUUAAAAUUAAAGGAUCCAGGAGAUGUUCCUAGCCUCUUAGAAUUUAAACAGUUUUGCAAAGAAAAUUUACAAAAUUCUGAUCCUUCAUUAAGAAGUGAACUAUCCCAUGUGCUUCAACAUCCAUUCUUUACUCAUGAUUUUAUGAGGAUAUAUGCAUUUUUAGAUGAAUUACCCUUAAAGAAUAGCCAAGAAAAAGAAAUAUUUUUUGGGACUUUAAUAACACAAUUGAGAAUGUUCCCAGAAAAUAUUGUUGCAGAACAAUUAGGUCGUUUAUUACUUUCAAGAAUGGUUUUAUUAGAUACAACAGCUCAAGAACAGCUUUUACCAUUUAUAUUAAAACCAAAAGAUGGAAAUGAUAUUACAAGUAGUAACUUAUUUUCAAUUUCUACAUUCAAAGUCUAUUUAGUGCCCAAACUAUUGCAAAUGUUUUGUAUACGUGAUGUAUCAAUACGUUUGGUACUUCUAUCACAUUUUAAUUCGUUUGUUUAUACAUUUCAAGUAGAUGAGUUAAAAUCUCAAGUUCUUCCAGAAUUACUUGUUGGAAUUAAAGAUACAAACGAUCAUCUGGUGUCAGCAACAUUAAAAGCAUUAGCUGAUAUAGUUCCGAUUCUAGGUGCUGCCACUGUAAUUGGUGGAAAGAGAGGAAAGUUAUUUACUGAUGGACGGCCAAAGAAAUUAAAAGAUAACAAGAAAACUGAAAAUAGUAUAAAUAUUGUCCAAUUCACGGUUCCUACAAAUAGUAUUCAAAAAAUUAUUAAUUUACCGGAAAGACCAUCUCCAGAUGGAGGUGAGGAUAAAAAAGAAAUUGCUUCUUCGAUCAUCGAAGAAGAAUACACGUGGUCUGAUUGGGACAUACAAGAAACUGGAGAUGUGCAUCUUCGAAUUUCACGACCUUCCCAAUCUCAGUCCCCAUCUAAUGACAUUUUAGUUUCUGACUCAACAUUAAGAAUUACUACAAAUACAAUAUUAAAUAUAGAUAAAGAUAAAGCAAGUGAAUCAAAAUUAAUAAAAAAGUCAACUGUUUUAUCUGAUAUUUCAGAGCUUGAUAUUAAAAAUUCAAAAUUGAUUGAUACUCUUAAAGAAGAAUAUGAUUAUUUCACAGACAUGGAACCUGUAAUAAAGAAGACACAAAUUUUACAUGUACAACAAGCACAAAUAUUAUCAAAAAGUGUGUUUGACAUAAAAAUACCAAAUGGAUUAGAAAUAGUUGAAGAAAAUAAUGGCUGGGAUGAAGAUUUAAGUGAUUGGGGGACUGAAGAUAUUCAAGAAGUUAAAACCUGAAAA